AUGAUGGAGGACGACUAUGGGAUAGAUCCAUUUUCUAGUGAGAAUUUAUGGAGGCUCUCUAGGUUUACCCUGCAAUCGCUGCAGCCAUUGGAGCCUUUACCGUGGAAUGAGAGGUUGCCUGAUCUGGAAGAUGGAUUCUUUAGUAACCCGGCUAGGUUAUUCGAUAUCGAAGGCGACAAGUUACAUCAGCUGGAUAUCUUUGGAAACGAAAUCGUCAUCGAACCCGAACAGUUACUCGAGCCCAUUACCGAUACUUCGAGCGAGAGCCAAUUUGACGAGCAUGCUACCGACCACCACGAUGGUAUUUACAAAUUAGAUGAUGAUAUUGGAUUACUCGACCGUCUGAAUGGGUAUUUGAGCUACAAGCCGCCGCUACCAUCGUGGGAGACAUAUCACAACCGAUCGCACCGUGAGCCAGUUUCCGCAUAUUUCAGCGAGUCGGGGGCAAAGGGCUUCGAUGCGGCAUUGGCACACUAUUCGAUGAAGAAAAGGGUCAAUGUUGCGGGGCGUCUAGUUCGAAGCGAUGUAUUCUUUCAGGCUCUCAUUCGGCUUGGACUGGGGUGGGGUUCUGCGUUCUUUCGCUAUAAUGUGGAAGCGAAGACAUUCGAGAAAGGGCUGAACGAUGUGCGCGUCUCAGGCGUUAGUCUCCCGAUGCUAAACCAGGUCACAAACGAGCUGCUCCAAUGUGGAACAGAUAUGCAACGAAUACGGGUCUUUGUUCGCAGUACUUCGGCCAAAAAUGCGAAGCUCUCCGCCCUGUCCACUUUUGCUAGCACCACAGCUGUGAUUAUCUAUACCCUGGAACGACAGCUGGCAAGUCAGUCGACACACGCGGUAUCGAUACUCCAGAUCAAGUCUUUGUUCUCGCGAGGCGGCGAAUUGGUUAACGCUCUGGCGGGUAUGGUCGACGCAGCUGAAAAGGUUUCAUCAGACGCUCAGAUUAUGUCCGUUGUUAUGCAGGAGGCUGCAUAUCUAACGCAUAGGUUUGGUUGGAUAGAGAAUCUGAUGCGCGAAGUGGUCGUUCGUGUCACUGAACCUUGGCUCGGACAUCUGGAGGCCUGGGUCGGGCUUCGUCCAGAGACACCCGUAUUGAAUGAACUGUUGACGAGCGGUAAGGGCUUUGCAAUGUUGGAGCGACAGGAAGAAAACGGACGAGUCAAGGCAGGGCCUGCGAGCCAGCACUACAAGUACCAGUCUGAUGAGAUGCCAUCUUUUAUUCCCGACGACCAGGCCCUAUUGAUCUUCGAGAGCGGAAGAAGCUUGCGUUUUCUUAGACAAUCUCAUCCACAACAUCCCCUUUCGAACGAUAUGGUUCGCAAUACUGAACCACCCAGGCUUCGUUGUGCGGAUUCUUGGGCCGACAUCGAAAGGAUACAGACGAAGGCCCACGAGUAUGAAUCAUUACUUCGCGCGGAGAUACUCAAGUACAACCGCGGUGAGCGCGUCAACACAAACGUUGUUGACGGAGGCAAUGACCUUUCAAACUCUGGGGAGAACGAUUCUGGCACUCUUGAGGGCAUCUACGAUCUACUUGACAUGGAGGACCAACGCACAACCGGACUGCUGACUGGCCCUGACUCCCUGCAGAAAGAUAAACUUGGUCUGCUGAGCUCUGACGUCGGACAAUUCGAAGGCCUCGAUGGAAAGUUUGGUCCGGAGAUGACUUUCUCACUAUACCUUUCAUUCGCGCCGCUCCUUUCAUCACAGGCACUACUCAUCGACUUCUCAUGUCUCCAUAUGCUAUUCAAAGAACACGAAAUCAGAAACCACCUGACACUCCAAUGGAGGUACCAAUUACUCGGCGAUGGGUUUUUCGUGUCUCGCCUCUCUCAUGCUCUCUUCGACCCGGAGAUGGAAAGCGGCGAGCGGAAGUCUGGCGUGGUGCGUAGUGGCGUGCAUACCGGUCUUCGUCUGGGAAGCCGUGAUACAUGGCCUCCGGCAAGCUCAGAGCUGCGGUUGGUGCUUAUUGGACUUCUAACUGAAAGCUACAGCGCGGGGAGUGGCUCGGGCGAUAUGGACGAUGCCCAGCAUCACAGAGAAAAGGAACUCCCCGGUGGCUUGAGCUUCGCUGUUCGAGAGUUGACUGCUGAAGAAAUAACAAAGUGCAAGGAUCCCAAUGCCAUUCAAGCGUUAGACUUCCUCCGUCUCCAAUACAAACCACCAAGUGUUCUGGAGAUAAUAAUCACCCAACGAUCUCUCGACAAAUACGACCGCCUGUUCAAGCAUCUCCUCCGCCUCAUCCGCAUGGUCUCCGUCGUCAAAUCCAUCGUCCGCGACUCAACCGCAAGAAACUCCCUCUCAGGAGAUACGCACAACGUAUUUCAGAAAUUCCGCGUCCACGCGCAACACUUCGUGCUCGCCGUGAGCGACUACUGCUUCCACGUCGGUGUUGAAUCCACCUGGAAACGUUUCCAGGAUACCCUCUCCCGAAUCGAGUACUGUCUUGACCGUGGCGACAUCGAUAGCACUAUUGAUGCAGCACAUUCAGUCCCUAGACUCCGUGACUACCAUGAAGAUAUCCUCGACGAGAUCCUCUUUGCUUUGUUCCUUAGCAAGCGCCACGCGCAAGCGGCCAAGUUGCUUGAAAGCAUCUUCGGGACGAUUCUUGUGUUUGCUCCCAUUUCGAGGAUGGAUAGCGUGAAGGGUGUGCGGCAGGAAAGCGAAGCUACUGUUUCUCAUCUGUACAAGACUUUCAGGAAGCAGGCUUCUGCUUUUGUGAAUUACUUGCGCGGGUUGGAUGGGAGUACGGCAUCAAUGAAGUCCGUUGGGAAAGCCGGUGCAACGUUUGCUUCGCGAUCGGGGCCUACGAGUGUUUUCGAUCAUCUUCUUUCCCGUUUGGAUAUUAAUGGUUACUAUUGA